ACCAGCUUGGCGCCUGCGCAGAACUUGUCUCCUAUUUUUGUCCGUCUGGCCAGCCUCCCCUGCGUUUUCAGCACCCGCUGCUUGCCGCCGUCCGCGAACCGUUCCGGGCCGCGGCGAGACGCCCCCAAACCCAGGACACCGAAGCCGUUCGGCGACGGGGGAAGAAGAGGACGGGACGGAGCGGCUGAAAAGCCACGGGCUUGCCACGGGGAAGGGCAACUCGGCCUGCUCCAUGGGCUCCUGAGGGCCUCUCGCUUUCUGCCCCGGCCCCCCGAGGGACGGAAGGGUCCCAGCCUCAGGAAGGCAGAAAGGGGGGGGGGACGGGAGGCGCGGCGGCGGCGAGGAGGACCGUCCGUCCCGGGGCUGAUGCGUGCUGUGCCGCGUGGCGAGCUUUGCGGCUUAAAGGAUCCACAACUGCAAGGUGACUACAAAAAUACAUGAUGAUUGUAGUGACUGGAGUAAUGUCAGCACCUGACUUGGGCUUUCCUGACAGCACCCGUGCUGCAGCCCCCAAUUUAUCCUGGAUGCCCGAGGAUGGCAGACCCACUGCUGUGGAGCAACCAAUAUUCCUAAUGACUACAGCUGCCCAGGCCAUCUCAGGUUUCUUUGUGUGGACAGCUUUGCUCAUCACCUGCCAUCAGAUCUAUAUGCAUCUGCGUUGCUACAGUUGCCCCAAUGAGCAGCGCUAUAUUGUCCGGAUUCUUUUCAUUGUGCCCAUUUAUGCUGUUGAUUCAUGGCUCAGCCUCCUUUUCUUCACCAAUGACCAGUACUAUGUGUAUUUUGGCACAGUGAGGGACUGCUAUGAAGCUUUUGUCAUCUACAACUUUCUUAGCCUUUGUUAUGAGUACCUCGGAGGAGAGAGCUCUAUCAUGUCUGAGAUCAGAGGGAAGCCUAUUGAGUCCAGCUGUAUAUAUGGAACAUGUUGCCUGUGGGGAAAGACAUACUCCAUUGGAUUUCUUAGAUUCUGCAAGCAGGCCACUCUGCAGUUUUGUGUGGUUAAGCCCCUCAUGGCAAUUAUUACAGUUAUCCUUCAAGCAUUUGGCAAGUACCAGGAUGGGGACUUUGAUGUCACGAGUGGGUAUCUCUAUGUGACAAUCAUUUACAAUAUAUCUGUCAGUUUGGCUCUUUAUGCCCUCUUCCUGUUCUACUUUGCUACACGUGAACUGCUCAGUCCCUACAGUCCAGUCCUGAAAUUCUUCAUGGUCAAGUCUGUCAUUUUCCUGUCCUUCUGGCAAGGGAUGCUAUUAGCCAUUCUGGAGAAGUGCGGUGCAAUCCCUAAGAUUGACUCAGCCAGUGUAUCUGUAGGCGAGGGGACAGUGGCAGCUGGCUACCAGGAUUUCAUUAUCUGUGUGGAAAUGUUCUUCGCGUCCAUUGCCCUACGUCAUGCAUUCACAUACAAGGUCUAUGCAGACAAGCGUCUAGAUGCACAAGCUGUUCCAUCAUAUGGGCCAUAUGGCCGCUGUGCCCCCAUGAAGAGCAUCUCUAGCAGCCUUAAGGAGACCAUGAAUCCCAAUGACAUUGUACAAGAUGCCAUUCACAAUUUCUCCCCAGCCUACCAACAGUAUACUCAGCAGUCAACCUUAGAACAUGGACCACCCUGGCGUAAUGGAGGCCAUAUCAUCUCACGAUCCCAUAGCAAUUCUGGUGCUCGUGACAAUGAGAAGACUCUGCUUCUGAGCUCAGAUGAUGAAUUUUAAAGUAGUGAUAUCAUACACCACAGCCUGGAACUUUCCCUUUAUUUAUUGAACCAGAAACACAGGUCAUAUUUCCUCUCCACUUUAAAAAAAAUGGUGCUCAAGUCAGGAAUGGGUACUUCCUGUUGCCGCCUAUCAGCCUGGACUAUUGUGGUUAAUGCGGGUGGGGUGAACUCUCUUUUGCUAAAGGUUUAACAGCAGGAUAUGUUAUUAAAUAGGUAAGAGUAAUAGAACACUAGAUCCACUUGCACAGAAUAGGAAAAAGGUCAAAGAUGAAUGGAAUAUGCAUAUUUGAUAGGCUUUCUGCCUUUUUUGAAAGAGGGAAGAUGAUGGUAGCAGGUAGCAGACAAGAAGCUCAGUGAAUAGAGACUAUCUCUACCCAUUUGCUAAGUUGUCUAGAAUAUGACUGCCUGUAAUCACCAGUAGCAAAAAUAUCUUUUCUCCAUUGCACUACUAAGAUGCAUUUCCAUUCACUUGUUUCUGAAAAGUUUUUUGAGAUUUAGGUUGAAUCCUAUCCUCAUCUAUCAUCUCGACAUUAACUUUGACCAAGUUUUCAACCAUAAUCAGAAAUCCUUUUGUUAUAACCCGUAGUGUGGUAGUCACAUGUGCAGUCUGCUAAUUAUGAGCAUUAUGUGCUUCAUAGUAGUAUACCAAUAUUCUGCUUUAGAAUGGGGGCAGCACGUUUGAGAGAAAAGAAAGGAAACAACUUCUGGAUUGAGACAGUGCACAGAUGUGAAACUUCUUUCUACUUGGUGAGGUUUUGGGUCAAUGUUGUAUUGGGUUACUUGCCCAACAUUUCAAAGGAAUACAAGGCACUUCUCCCCCACCCUCUGAAAAAAAAGAAAGAAAAGAAAAGAAUUGCAUAAUCGGUAGAAGAAGAGAUAGCUCUCUUAGAAGCUAAUGGAUACACUCCAGUAAUAUUUCAUGCAACAAACUGCCACAAAUGUUGCAUAAGUAUGCACAUUCCCAGCCCAGCUAGGUGGGUGGAUAAAAAUGCCUUCCCAUCCCUUCACUUCAUUAUGGAUGAGGACCACACUGGAUGUUUUCCCUCUGUCCUACAGGCAUGGUUUCUGUUCAGCUAACUCAAUUCAUAUGUAAAGGUCUGCUUGAACCAUGCACAGCUCCCCAGUACUGAUUAAGUCAUGUGUUCAAGCAUUUACUUCUACAAUUAUGUAGUCAUUAAUUUUCAUUCUUUUCCAUUACUGUUUUGGGUGUUCUAUAGACACUAACGUUAAAAUGACUUUACUUUGUUCCUCUUCUUGUACUUCCUUGUGUUUUAAAUUCCAGCACACCAUUUGCAGAGUACCAGUUCUUUUUGCUGAUGUCAAUAGUUUAUCUUUGUUAAUAGUUAAUUUCAAGUGCCUGUGGGAUAAGCUUUUGUCUGGGAUGGUUAACAAUCCACUUUCUUUUUCCCUUCUGGGUCUGUAAGUGUUUAACCAAGAGACGUAAACAUAUCUAUAUGAUGUACUUCUAUUAUCUCGCUGUUACAUUCUUUACUGCCCAUCUGAUUUUACAGAAUUGAAUAUUGGUUUUCCAUUAAGCUAUUAAGAUUCACAUGCCUCUUUACAGAACAUUAGUAUUUAAAAAUGACAAGCUUCUUUCACAAGCUGAAAAGCCAGCCAGGCACUGGCUUCAGCAGACAUUUUGGUGUGUUGAUGAUUCGAAGUUGGAAAGUACAAUAGAAUAAAAUAAAGUAUAUUGGCACUUCUCUGCUGCUGUUGUAGUUAACUGUGCCUGUAUUAGCACAGUCCACAAAUAACGGGAAUAACAUUAGAUCUCUGCCUUCCCUGACACCUCUCUCAAUUCCUCUUCCUCAUCCGCUGUCAGUAAUGCUCAUUCUGUUCUUAGCAGCUAUAUGUCUCUUUCCCAUAGCUCUCUGUGUUUUUAACUCCUUCUGUAGAGAAUUCAGAAAAGAGAAUCUCGGGGGUUUGACUUUUGUGUUCCUUUUCUCUGUGCCUUAAUAUUUUCACUCCCUUGCAAGUACUAUAUUGAGAUCUUAAGUGCAGUAGUAGCAGCAGCCCUUUAGCCAAGUUCUGUUCGAUUGGGCAAGAGUGCACUUGUGUGUUAGGCAGGUUUGCUGAGGCUUGUGGCUAUUCUUCCUGGAGUGAUUGUUGUUUGCUGCUGUAGUUCGCACUUCAUUUAUUCCAGAAGAAACUAAGUAGAGGUUAGAAUGGUGGAGCACAACAGCGCCAUUCAUAUCCCAUGCUCAAAAUAGCCAGAGAGGUUGACAGUACAAGAGAUGAAAGAAGUAGAAGAAAAGAUUUAAAAGUGAUUUGUUUCUGUAAAUUAAUUAUGAACAAAAAGCCAAAAAGUCUCUCGCUUGCUUGCUCUCUCCUUAUAGUUAAGCCUGUGCAGUAUUGACUUGUGGAUUGGCUUUUAUAAUCUUGCUGCUGCUUUGGAAAGAAAAGAAAAACACCCAGCAGACUAUUAGUAUAUAUCUGGCAUCUCAGGUCCUAACUCUAUUUGAUAUUUCCAAGCAGAGUAGACCCAUUGAGUAAGUAUGACUUAUGUGAAUGUUGAUGUACCAUUUAGCAGUUGCUUUGAUAGGUCUGCUUUAGUUGGGAUUAGCAAUUGGAUUUAGACCCAAUUGUUAAUUUAUAACAGACCAAGUUUUAAUUUGUGCCUCUGCAGCUGAAGGAUGAUCCUAAGCUGUUCUGUCAGAAGAUCCCAUAUUUCCUUUUUAGCACUAAAUACUGCCUUCUGUGAGCAUCUCUUACAGAACUUUGCCAGAUCAGCACAACUAUAUUUUCAUAGUUGUGCCAUCUUGGCACAGAACAACUGUAGGCUUUUGCCCCAGUUGUAGAGCUAAGGUCAGGUCUCCACUCUUUGGUGAGAGGAUAGUUAUUACUUUGUGCCAGGAGUUGGACUUUUUCAUGUAUUUGUGACAUAUAGGCUGAAAUCCUGUUGUGUAACUUGGUGUCACAUAAGGCUGCUGGUGUCAUCAGCUAUGGCUGUUUUUCAGGAAUUAAAAUUUUAACCCCACAUUCGAGAGUUCAUCCUGGAGAGGCCUUUGGGGACUGUGGAAUGGGGAGAGAGGGUCUUUAAUAUCUGAAAAUCACUGCCAGUCAUAAGAUCCUCUCAAAAGUGGUACUUUUUGAACAUUGAAGACUCCCUCCUCUGGUCCGACAGCACCCAAAGUCUUCCCUGGGGUGAAAGAGAACUUCAGAUCCUGCAGACUGUUAUGUGUCAAAAUCUUUUAUUUCCUAAAAAACAGCUGUAGCUGAUGACAUCAUUGGCCUCAGGUAGCACAAAGUUGCACAACAGGAUUUCAGCAAGGUAUAGAUUGAAGAAACCAUUAAAAUGUAUACAAUAUUUUUAUUCAUUUUCACUUUAAAUUUAGGAAUAUGAGAAAGAUAGAAUAUUAGUAUGUUCACUUGUAUUUUUUUAUGGGACUGUUUAUCCACCUUUAGCUUCCAUAUUGUUCCCAGCUGUGUACCCGCUCACAACAUGCACCAUUACAUUUUACUUGCGGUUGAAAAUAAAUCUUGUUGAAAGAAAAUAACGGAUAUGGCUGAAGUCUAUGCUGCUGAUUUGGAGGUAUUUCAGUGUUGGGUGGAGAGUUAUAUAUUUUUGUUAUUUUUAAAAAAUAUUGUGCAUUGGAGCUGAUUGCUCUUUAAGCUCUCUGUAAGUAGUGGGUCCAAGUAGAUGUAACCCCCUCAAAGCAAUAAAGCCAUAUCAAAACCCCUGAGAUGGGGAAAAUUCCCUUUUUUAAACUACAACAUCCAGAAAAUCCCAGUUAUGUAGGCAAGGACAUUCUGGGAGGUGGAGUUCAGAACUGUAACUUUUUCCAUCUUUGGAAAAUGGCAGUGUGAAAAAAAAAAUUGGUGGGGAUGUUUGAUGUCCCUCAAGGCAAGAAAGGGAUAGGGCCAAAGAGCUUGACCCUCAAUACAGCAAUGAUCAUGCAUUCCAGUUAGGGCUUCUCAGUGGCUGAUCAUUUAAUAGAUGUGCAUAUACACUUGAUCCCAUUAGAAAUCUCUUGACAUUGCUCACUCCCUCAAAUUUUCUUUUCUCCUUGUCCUUAUUUUUACCAUGUAACAUACUCCCUAGAAAUUUGUUUUUACUAUUUUUCCAUGUAGUUUAGAUCUUUGUAUAUAAAUGACUGGGAAAAAAUAUACCCUGUAUGAUAAGAAAGAGUUACCUAGUUUUGUACCUAUCCUGUAAUAACUGAUGUGAGCUUAGGGACAAGCUACUGUCUCUAUUUUGGUCUCUGUGAUACUGUACUGCUCUGCAGAAACAAGCAAAUAUGACAAAUAAAAAUAUAGAGAUAAUAUAGAUUGUA